CUUCGACCGCAACACUCACUAGAUGAGUCUUCCCGCGACCGUCUUCGUUGAAGCUGUUUUUCGGCAAUUGCUCGUUCGGGGAUCUUUCUGUUUCUGAUCAGCUCACGUCGAGCUAGACGAGCUCACGCUGCAGCGAUUAUUUCGCUUUUUCAUUUUUGCGCGAACUUUACUUUUGUGUGAGUGAUUGUUUGGCAUGGAGUUAACUUUUCGGCGACGAUGUCGGUCGCCGCUUCUUUUCGCCGUUAUAUUUGUCACAUUUUUCCACAGCGCUUUAAGUAGGCAUAGAAUCAGACACUACAGAGACCGAUUCAAACGACAGCAAGGCGCUCACUUGUACCUUCCGGAAAGUUAUGUAACGGAAGGCGGUGAAGGUCCAGACUUGGGGUACUGGACCGAGUGGUCGGAACCGAGUCCAUGUUCCAGAACCUGUGGGGGCGGAGUCAGCAGCCAGUUCCGCCAAUGCCAGGAGGGCAACACCUGCCAGGGGCCCAAUCGCAGGCAUUUCUCCUGCAACACUCAGGACUGUCCAGAUACUGGAGACUUCCGAGCCCAGCAAUGCUCCGAGUACGACGAAGUCCCGUUCGAGAAUGUAAAAUACCAAUGGGUGCCAUACACUAAAGGACCGAAUGCUUGCGAACUGAACUGCAUGCCCAGAGGUCAGAGGUUCUACUACAGACAUGCCGAACAGGUGGUGGACGGUACCCGAUGCAACGACGAAAGCCUAGAUGUGUGCGUAAAUGGGCAGUGCCAGCCAGUAGGGUGCGACAUGAUGUUGGGCUCCAAUCUCAAAGAGGACGAGUGUCGGAUAUGUGGAGGCGACGGCAGCACCUGCAACACCGUGACUAACACUUUGGAGCUAAACGACAUGCAAGUCGGCUACAACGACAUUCUGCUGAUUCCUGGUGGCGCGACCAAUAUUGUGGUCGAGGAGGUUGCAAACUCAAACAACUACCUGGCUGUUCGAAAUACCUCCGGACAUUACUAUCUGAAUGGAAACUGGAGAAUUGACUUCCCCAGAGCUUUGGACUUUGCCGGCAGCAAGUUUCACUAUGAGCGCUACCCGCAGGGCUUCGCUGCUCCUGACAAGAUCUACACUUUGGGGCCCAUAGACGAACCUCUUUUUAUAGUGCUGUUGUUCCAAGACUCCACUGUUCCCGUUCAGUACAAGUACAGCUUGCCUACCAACAUCCAGCCUGGGUCGGAAUACGAAACCUACGCCUGGACCUUUGACGAGUACACUCAAUGCACCGUUACUUGUGGCGGAGGAAUUCAGCACCGGAACGUUUCCUGUGCGGGCCGGAAAACUCUGGAGCCAGUGGACGAGACUCUGUGCGACGCAUCGAGAAAACCGGAAACUUCCAGAAGAUGCAACGAAGUGGCCUGCGAUGCUCAAUGGGUUCCACAUCCAUGGGGAAACUGCUCAGUUCCGUGUGGCGAAGAAGGUGGAGUCCAGACCAGGGAAAUAUCCUGCCAGCAAAUCGUCUCCAAUGGGUACCCGAGUUUAGUGGACGAAUCGCAAUGCCAGGACCCAAAACCGCCUCAGCAGCAAACGUGCAAUAAGGGGGUAACUUGUGCCACUUGGCACUCUGGGCCCUGGUCACCCUGUGAUCAUCUAUGCGGCGAUGGAAAGCAAAUUCGUCAAGUACGGUGCUUCAUUAGGGACGCGGAUGACAAAAUCCAAAUCAUGGAAGAUUCGACGUGCGAAGCCAUUGAAGAUAAGCCGGCCGAAGAGCAGAGCUGCUUCAGUCGGCCCUGUGAAGGAGUGGAUUGGAUCAGUUCAGAAUGGAGUGGGUGUGACUCUGUUUGCGGCCUUACCAACGAGACCCGGAAGAUAUUCUGCGCGACAGCCAACGGGCAAAUCUUCGAAGACGAUCUGUGUGAGGAGAGCAACAAACCGGAAAGCGUGAGGAAAUGUGAGGCCAACACCAAUGAAACCUGCAACUUCUUGUGGUAUGCUUCGCAAUGGAGCGAGUGUUCAGCAAGAUGUGGCAAGGGCAUCCAAACCAGAACCCUUUUCUGCGGCUUGGCAACAGGCGACGAGGUGAAAAAAGUGGAAAACGACAAAUGUGACCAGUCAAAGACUUUUGACAUCAUCCGCAACUGCACCGGUACUGAGGAUUGUGAUGGGGAAUGGUUCAGCGGGCCGUGGGGCGAGUGCUCCAAACCCUGCGGAGUGGGUGAAAGAACCAAGAAAGUCGUUUGCAUCAAAGCCAAUGAAGUGGUGGACGUGUCGCAUUGCGAUGCCGACAAGAUCAUAUUUGGACAGGAGGACUGCAACAAGCAACCGUGCACUGAAGACUCAGAGCUGCCGGUCGAUAAGGACACUCCCCUGAAGCUGCAGGAAACAACAGAGAGCGAAAGCAUGGACUCAGCAGAAUCGACCAUUGCAACAGAUAAGGAAACUGAAGACACCUCCUCGUCUUCUGAUAUAUCGGAAAUCACUAAAAGCAUCGACUUCACCACUGAGCCUCAGGCCGAAGAAUCAAGCAAAGAGGAGGAAGAUGACUUCGAAAUCGUGCCAGCAGAUUCGUGCGACGAUGGGGAAUGGGUGGAAAUUUCGGUCAUGGGUGUUCCCGAGGAAGAAGAAACUGAAGUCUCAGAACUAGUGGAAUCCACUUCCGCUGGCACCACUGAUGGGCUGGAAACGUCCUACUCGGUAUAUGACGUGAUGCAGAGUGAUAGCCCUACGAGGGACGAAACCGAGUUUGUAGAGAGUUCAGCAGAAGGAGAAAGUGGGGUAACAACUACAUCCAGCUCCAUCGAACCUGAAGAAGGAUCUGGAGCAUCUGAAACGCCAGAGUCCACAGAUUCACCCACAAGCCCAACUAUGCAAGAGUCAGACGCAACUGAACCAGUUUCAUCUACUGGGUCUUUAUCCGAAACUACGACGGAUCUUAUCGCCAGCAGUACUGCAAGCGGAUCCACGGAAGUUUCUUCUGAUGCGUCUUCUAGUUCCACAGAAUCUACUGGGGAUGACUUGUCCAGUACCACCAGUUCUGAGGGCACUGAAACGACUACUGAAGUGGACAGUAGCACAUUAGGAGAGUCAACUUCAGAAUCUGCCUCAACGGAAACUACCGCAGACAAAAGCUCCACCACGGAAUCAACAGUCGAUAGCAGCAGCACAACAGAGCUGAGCAGCACAGAAACUAUUUCAACUGAAAUAACUGAAAUUUCCACCACUUCUGAGAGUGUGAGCACGACUGAAACAUCAGAAGCCACUAGUGAGACGUCAACAACCUCAGCAGCCAGUAGUGAAACCUCUGAAGCCUCGACAGGCACUGAAAGUUACAGCACUGAAACUGACGAGAUGGGACUUAAAAAUGAACCAGAUCCAGACUCAACUCCGCCUCCAAGGGCUCGGGUGGAGGACGAAAGCGAAACAGGCUCAAGUAGCGAAGCAACCACUGAAGCCACCGAAAUCAGUUCGCCUGCCACCGAGACCAGCGCUGAAGUGUCAACCACCGAGUCCUUAACAGGAUCCACUGAGGAAGCUUUCGAGAGCGUAACAAGCGAAAGUACCACAAUCAGUUCUACUGAACAAUCCAGUGAAAGUUCCACGACGGAAGUCAGCGGUUCUUCCACGGAAGUCAGCGGUUCUUCCACGGAAGUCAGCGGUUCUUCCACGGAAGUCAGCGGUUCUACUACGGAAGUCAGCGCUUCUACUACGGAAGUGAGUGGUUCCACUACAGAAGUCAGUGGUUCCCCUGAAGCAACCACAGAAUACACCGGGAGUACUGAGUUUGAUAUAUUUUCCUCAACCAGUGAGGCACCCACUUGGCCCACGACGCACAUUACCGAAUUAUUCAAAAAGAAGCAAAAGAUGUGCAAGAGGAAGAAGAUUCUCCAAUGCAAAGAAAGUGCCUAUGGAUGCUGUUGGGACAACAUUCAUGCGGCUCAAGGGCCCUUUGAUAAAGGAUGUCCAACGCCCAAAACCUGCAAAGAGUCAACGUAUGGUUGCUGUCCGGAUGGAGUGUCGGCCGCACUUGGGACCAAAAACCGUGGCUGCCCGAGCAGCCACUGCAACGAGACCUUGUUUGGCUGCUGUUGGGACAAGAAGACGCCAGCUGAAGGUAACGACGAAGAAGGUUGUCCAGCCAAACCGCCUGCUUGCCUGGAAUCCAAAUGGGGAUGUUGCAAGGAUAAUUCCACUGAAGCAGAAGGUCCGAACCAAAAGGGCUGCGAACCGGAAGAAGUCACAACCAUCCAGCCUACCACUGUGCCCAGUACGACUCCAUCAACAGAAGAAUGCAAACAAUCUGACCAUGGCUGUUGCCCAGAUGGCUCAAUGGCGAAAGGUCCUCAAUAUCAAGGAUGCAAACUGCCAUGCUCCGACAGUACCUACGGCUGUUGUCCCGACCAAGAAACGCCAGCUCAUGGGUAUAGAGGCGAAGGAUGUUGUCUCACUUCGACGUUCGGUUGCUGUUCCGACGAUCUCACUCCUGCCCGAGGACCCAAUGGGGAUGGAUGUGAGUGCCAAAGUUCUCCCUAUGGAUGCUGCCCAGAUCAGAAAACCGCGGCGAAAGGCUACAACAAUGCAGGAUGUGGAUGCCAAUACAGUGAACACGGCUGUUGCCCUGAUGAUGUUACAGAAGCUUCAGCUCCGGAUUAUGAGGGCUGCCCAUGCCAUACCUUCCAGUUCGGUUGCUGUCCUGAUGGCGUAUCGAUUGCUCAAGGGCCACACCAGCAAGGAUGUGACUGCAGAUCCAGCGAAUUCGGGUGCUGUUCCGAUGAAAGAACGGCAGCAAAAGGACCCAACGAAGAAGGUUGCACUUGCGACAUUUCCAAGCACGGUUGCUGUCUGGACGGCGUCACAAAAGCCCAAGGAAGCGACUUUGCCGGAUGUGAAGAAAUCCCAGUCGACCAACAAGCAUCUUGUUCUCUGCCUAAGGAACGCGGCACCUGCAGAAACUACACAGUCAAGUGGUUCUUCGACAUGGCCUAUGGUGGCUGCUCACGAUUCUGGUACGGAGGGUGCGAUGGAAACGAAAAUCGCUUCAAAACCAAAGAAGAAUGCGAAGGCGUGUGCGUCAAACCUCUGGGAAUUGAAAGGUGCAAUUUGCCGAAGGUCAACGGUUCGUGCGAAGGGUACUUUUUGCAGUGGUACUACGACAAACAAGCCCAUCAAUGUUCGCAGUUUGUCUAUGGAGGCUGCCUGGGCAACAACAACAAGUUCGAAACGAGAGAAGAAUGUGCCGAACUUUGCGCUAAAAAUGAGGCUGCAGAUCCAUGCGAUCAGUCGAAAGCAGAAGGUCCAUGCAGGGGCCAGUAUCGGCGCUAUUUCUUUGACAAGACUUCUGGACAGUGCCAGCCGUUUAGCUACGGAGGCUGCCGAGGUAAUACCAACAACUUUGCCUCCCUUGAAGCGUGCAAUCAACGAUGCGCAACGCCUGGAAAGAAACGAGAUUAUUGCACGAUUCCAAAGGCUGAGGGUAAUUGCACGGCUCGAGAGGCUAAGUGGUAUUAUGGUGCUAAUGAGGAACGUUGCCUGCCCUUUUAUUACACGGGCUGUAAUGGUAACAAAAACACUUUCGAUACUAAAGAUGCAUGCCUUGCCGACUGUCCCAACGAUAUCGUUAAAAACACAUGUCACUUACCGGCGGAUAUUGGGGAAUGCGGCAAUUAUGUGAGUCGUUGGUAUUGGGACACCAGGUACAAGAGAUGUAGUCAGUUUUACUUUGGCGGAUGUGGUGGUAACGGAAACAACUUCCAAAGCGAACAAGAGUGUCAACAAGAGUGCGCUGGCUCCCAGCAGCCGCCGCCAUUGGCUGUGGGAGGGCGGCAAACUGAGGCCCCGCCCACUCAAGUACCGUUAGUUACACCACAGGUACCUAGUCCUACAUCCAGACAACCAACACUGGAAGAGAUCUGCUCAAGGGAACCGGACCGAGGCCCGUGCUCUAACGAAGAACUUCACUACUACUACAAUACAGCGGAUGGCACCUGCAAGAACUUCACUUAUGGCGGCUGCGGAGGCAACUAUAACAACUUUGAAACUGAAGAUCUAUGUCUUCAGUAUUGCGGCUCCAUCCGAGCGCUGCCUCCAGCUGUUCAGCCUGCGGUAACCACGCAAGGCCCACCAUCAGUUCCACAAAUUGUCGUUUAUGGUUCAGAAUGUUACGAAGACCAAGACGCUGGAAACUGCACUGAUCAAUACCAGGCCUACUACCACGAUAGAGUCACUGGGGAAUGCCAGCCGUUCAUUUAUACAGGGUGUGGAGGCAAUGAGAACCGCUUUUACAGUGAAGAGGAUUGUCUUCGACGCUGUGGACCAUACAACGGGCAAGAUACAUGUAAUAUGGAAAGUGAUCCUGGACCAUGCAAACAGGCCCAAACCAAAUACACUUUUGAUAGAACCACUGGAAGCUGUAGACAGUUUGUCUACGGAGGAUGUGAAGGAAACGGAAACCGGUUCAAUUCAGUGGAGGAAUGUGAGCGGCAUUGCGGGCGUCGCGAAGAACCCAAAGCGGUUCCAACAGUUGCAGAAGUGUGCCAGUUAGCGGCCGACCAGGGCUCAUGUCCGGAUCUUAACCACAAGCGCUGGUACUUUGAUAACACCCAAGGCGAAUGUAAAGCUUUUAUCUAUAGCGGCUGUGGGGGCAAUCAGAACAAUUUCAAAACCUUCCAAACCUGUCUCGACUAUUGUAAAGAUUUCUUGCCUAACACCGAAUCUUCUGUUGUGGAACCUGGUGUGGGAACCCACGAAUGCCAAGCGAAGUUUGAUGAAUGCACUUCCUUAAGGUGUCCAUAUGGCAUUGAAGCGUAUGUGGAUGAAAAUGACUGCAAUGGGUGCAGAUGUCGGGACCCAUGCAAGGACAUCGACUGUCCUGACGGAACCCAAUGCGGCAUCGACUUGAACAGGAACAAAACCUCAGCGACUGAUGCCGAUUUUAUUGCAGUUUGUCGCGAAGAAAACAAACCCGGUCACUGUCCUUAUGCUAACAACAGCAGUUGCGACACUGAAUGCCGAACGGAUGCCGAUUGCACGUUGCACUUGAAAUGCUGCGCUAGUGAUUGUGGUACUGUUUGCGUGGAACCUCAGCGGCCGUCGGAAAUGGUCACUCAACCGACCGCUCCCGGUUACACUACCGCUCCUCUACUGGACAAAUACUACCCGCCCAGAAUCGAAGUGGAAACGUACGAGCCAGAAGUGACCGGUCUGUUGGGAGAUCAAGCCAUUCUGAACUGCGCAGUUAGCGGGAACCCGAACCCGAAGAUCGUGUGGAGCAAGAACAACUUGAUCAUUGAUGGCACGCAACCAAGGUAUCGCAUCCGCCUGGACCAGACUCUUCAGAUCAUUACCCUUCAUAAAACAGACGCAGGCAUUUAUCUCUGCACGGCCGAUAACAGUAUCGGAAGUCCCAUUCAAAACCAAAUCAAUCUGUUGGUGUCAGAUACGCCGGUAGAAAGGCCAGUGUCCAUUCUGAAUGGGCAAGAUCCCGAACUGUUGGUUAACAACAUAGUGACCGCAUUUAACUCUCCUGCCACCCUAAACUGUUACGCGCUGGGAUGGCCCGUUCCGGCAGUAACCUGGUGGAAACAGGACGAGCUGAUUCCAUUGAAGAAUCGGGAAUUCGAAGUGACCAAGGACUAUUCCCUGCUCAUUCACUCGGUGCAAUUGCGCAACUUGGGCGUCUACACGUGCCAGGCGUACAAUGGCAUGGGCAAAGCUGCCAGUUGGUCGGUGACUGUAAGGGCCAAAGGGCCCUACUACAGUACCAAUCCGCGCGACAUCAGAUAUCUGCAAUAUGUGGUGAAUCCUCCUGAGGCCAGCACACUUCGCGUCCCGAUUGAAUCUUCUUCGGUGCGUCCAGAUCCGUCGUCUCAUCAUGUGCCCUUUUACAGACCGACUUCUCAACCCUACAUACCAUCCUUUUACUCCACUGAACCCUUACCGGACAUUGUAGAUCCCAAUGACAUAUUCCCUCAGAUUCCAGAUGCUGCUGGCUAUAUACCGGAAUCUGUCUACAGUGUACCGGUAAGGGCCAAUAUAACUACAAACGAGCAAACACAUGCGACUGGGACGAACGUCCAGAUUCGCUGCGAUGUUUACGGGUACCCUCCGCCAGAAGUCAAGUGGUACAAGGAUGGCGUACCGUUAUAUUCGGGUGGAAAAAUAUCAAUUUCAGAUACGCACACUUUGACCAUUCAGGCGGCAGAGAAAUCGGACUCGGGCAGGUACCAAUGUGAGGCCAUUAAUCAGUACUCUAAAGCAUCUAGUACCUUGGACGUGAUAAUAGAAGGAAUGUUCAUCGAUCCGAGUUGUACAGAUAAUCAGUUCUUUGCCAAUUGCAAACUGAUCGUAAAGGCCAACUUCUGCAACCACAAAUAUUAUGCAAAGUUCUGCUGUAGAUCGUGUACAGAGGCGGGACAAUUGCCCUUCAACACCAGCAAACAGAGCGCUCUGGACACCAACACCAUCUAACACCGUAGAUCGACCCUUAGCUGUACUAAUAAAUCAUUAGCGCCAACACUUUUUAUUUGCAGCUUUGUUAGCGGUUUCACGAGAGAUUAGUGUUGUCGAUCUUAUCUAGCCAAGUAGGUAAUGCUAGUCGGACGCGUUGUAAAUGAUAGAACAUUAUGGUAUUUUUAAUUAUUGUACUUAAGGUUCUGUCCAAGUGGGCCAUUAUAGUAAUAAGAUAAGAAUCUGGAAAGGGUCCAAAAGAUAGACUAAAAAGCGAAUUGACAAUGACCUAUGCCUAUAAGCUGAUGAGUUUUUCGGGGUUUUAGGCCACGGUGCGAAAAAAACCCGAAAAACUCCCCAAUUUCAAUCCAUGUCCUCACUAUAUAGAACCGAGUUAACUGGAUACACUAAUAAUAACCUACUGGAGUAUUGAGUUUGAUUACUUUUUCGCAGCUACAUUAACAGUAACGAACACAGUCAAAGCGCGAUUUUGUCAAAUCUUCUGGUACCAUAUCGCCUUGUAUAGUAAAUUAGAUAAUUACCCAAUUCAUUACAAUGCCAAUUGAAACUGGUUCUCCGAAGACAUGAAUUUUCCCAUCAACUUUCGUUUGGAAACUGUGAUAUUCACAUCAUACUCCAAGUUCUACCUGUACACUGUGCAUCGCUCACUGAUUAAUAUCAAAGCCUCCUCUCGAAAUAGUGCAAUUGCUGUCGUGUACAUAUAAUUUUAAUGUUAAUUUAUGAUUGUAAUGUAAAAAUGUGUUCACUCCAUUGUAAAAUGCUAAGAAAUAGUUCUUUUUAAUUAGA